AUGAUCGCAACCAGAGAAAUAAAAUUCGCGUUUCUGGUAUCACUUGUUAUUGGUAUCACGAACGCAACUAACAGCAGCGAUGUCUACUUGCGAGGCAGUUUGCAGGGAAAGGAACUACGAGUCGUCACAGGACAUUUUCCACCCUACAUUUCCAUUUUGCGGAAUUCAUCCGGCCACAUUACUGGGUAUUCACACCACAUGUAUCAUCUUUUACUCUACUUGUCACAGAAGCUAAAGUUCACUUACAAAAUAUUCCCUGCUCGUGAAAACACAUUGGGAGUCAAGAUCAACGGAAUUUGGAACGGCGUUAUAGGAGCCGUCGCUAAUCUCGAAGCCGAUAUCGGUUUAUUGCCAUUGACUGUCUCGCUGGAGCGGUACGAAGCCAUCGAAUUCUGUGGAUUCGUACGCGGCGACAACACCGGCAUCCUUGUCAAAUAUCCCGACGCCAACAUUUCAUUUACCAGCGCCUUCGACGUCUUUUCGAUCGGAAUAUGGAUCGGAGGGAUAUCUUCCGGAAUAGGAAUCUGUGCCCUUUCUGUCAUUUUUUCUUACCUGACAAAACGAUUGCGCAUUAACGAUUGGCCGGCGAUGAGUGCUGAGCAUUUUUUAUGGCACUUGUAUGGAACCACGAUUUCUCAAGGGGUAUAUUUUCCGUGCCGACAACCAUCGCAGAAACUUCUCGUUGCGACCUGGUGUUUCGCAACUUUUGUCUUCGUCAACAUUUACAACUCGACUUUGAGGUCUUACAUGUCGGUGACUUAUCAAAGACCCGAAAUCAAUUCCUUUCGCGAUUUGGCUACUGCCACAAAUUACAAGGCCACUGUCUUAAUCGGAUCUAUUCAAGACAUCGAUUUGCGGGUGGUGAUGGAGCGAUACCAAAAUGGUGAUCUGAAAAUGAUCGCCGAUCGAGUCAAGAAAUGUGCACUGGAUUGCAGGAAAUUCUCCUUCGAUGAACUGGCCGUUUCGGUUUUAGAGCAAGAGAACUGCGUUUCCAUUUUACCAUUUUCAGCUGGCGUAGCUCUCCUGGGAAAGUACAAUUUCCAAAGAAGUUGCCGUCUGGCUAUGGCGUUCGAGUCAACUUCGUGGAAGCCCAUGUACUUGGCCGUUCCUAAAUCGAGUCCCUACAAAGAAGAAAUCCAACGAGCAUCGUUGUGGUUCUAUGACACUGGACUGCGGGAUCACUGGUUCGAUGUCUAUGAGAAACCGCCCGGACAGUGUCGACUGGACUACAACAGCAAGGGCGUUGCGACCAAGAGAUCCAGCAAUCAAAUCAAACUCGAACAGUUGCAUCUACCAUUUCUGAUUCUUUUUGGUGGCUAUUUAAUAGCCUUCAUGCAGUUUCUAAGGGAGAAAGUCAUCUGCCCACUUCAAUAAUAAGGUGUGAUUUUUU